AUGCAACUGUGCGGGGGCAUCCUCAAAAUAGUUCCAUCCUCAACUACGAAGUAUGUCUUGAACACACAAUCAGCAAAAUUCACCUGUUGGAUCACUCAAACUGGCGCCCACCGGCUGCCUCUCCUGCGCUCACAGCGUGUCUACGAGGAUGACUUCCCUUCCUCUAGAGCUGAAGGCUGGAAAGACUUGGGGGAGUCUGACCGACAGGCGCUUUGUCUCGAGCUUCGCGGAAUGGGCCAAAGUUGGCGGAGCUUGGAGCAAAACUCGGGAGAAAAUUACAUAGGUGCUCCAGAUUCCAGCUUGCCAGAAGCCGCCAGUGAUGCAGUGCGUCUCUUCCAAGAGGCCUGCUACAUAGACCUCGAAGAUGAGGUACCGAUCGCUUUCACUCACGGUGAUCUUGUUCCUUGCAAUAUCCUCGUAACUCGUGGGGAGAAUCCCAAGGUAGCUGCCAUCAUUGACUGGGAUCAAUCUGGAUGGUAUUCGUCAUACUGGGAAUGGUGCAAAGCAAAAUGGGUCAUGAUGCCACCAGUUGACAUGGACCGCGUUCAGCAAGAGCUUUGGAAGCAGAAUUACCUGCCGUGGAUCCUCGAGCCACUAUCAGAAACUGAUAUCUAUCAUCCCUGGUUUUACUUUGCACUUUCCAACCUUUGA